AUUACAAUGAAUUGACGCAUUAAAUUAAUAAAAUGAGCAAACAAUAUAAGAGCAUAAAUGAUUUGCCAGAUUGGGUGAAAAUGAUCACAGGUGGUAUUGCAGGUAGUGUAGCAGAGGCUAUAACCAUCCCUAUUGAUACAGCUAAGGUGCGUCUUUAAAUCCAAAAGCCAGAUGCGAAUGGGAAGUACAGAUAUCACGGAUUGUUACACACAACUCGACAAAUUUAUGGUGAAGAGGGAGUUUCAAGUUUGUUCAAGGGUCUUUCAGCAGGAAUCCAGAGACAAUUAGUGUUUGCAUCAAUCCGUAUUGGAUUGUAUGAACCUACGCGUGAUUUCUUCUGUGGAAAAGAUUUCAAAGGUGAUCCUCCCCUGUCUAAAAAGAUUUAUGCAGGUCUAGCCACAGGUGGAAUUGGUAUCUCAAUCGCAAGUCCAUUUGAUGUGAUAAAGGUGAGAUUUUAGGUCGAUGGUAAUCUUCCAGCUGAUUAACGUCGUUAUAAGAACUUGACAGAUGCAUACAUUAAGAUCUACAAACAAGAUGGGUUGCACGGAUUUUGGAGAGGAGUAACUCCAAACAUCAUUAGAAAUGCUGUGAUUAAUUGUGCUGAGUUAGCCACCUUUGAUCACAUCAAGGAAUCUCUAAUUAAAACCGGGUUAUUCCAUGAAGGUUUAACAUGCCAUUUUGCUUCAAGUGCUUGUGCAGGAUUCAUAGCAGCAGUGGUUGGAUAGCCAGUUGAUUUGAUUAAGACUAGAGUUAUGAAUCAAAAUGUUGGUGUUUUAACAGUUGUGAGUAACAUCAUAAAAAACGAAGGAGUGUUAAAUCUAUACAAUGGAUUCUCAGCAAAUGCAGGUAGAAUCAUCACAUGGAACAUUUGCAUGUUUGUUACAUUAGGCUAAGUUAGAUUAUAUGCAUUAAAUAAUUUCUAUAAGUCACCAGAAUGAUAUAAUUAUAUAUAUGAAUCAUUAAAAAUAUUUGAAUAUUUCCCAA